AAUUGAGAGCAUUAAAAUUAGAAUACUUCAAUCACGAAGCAACUCUUUAAAAAGAGACUUUAGUUGGAGCUAAAUUUGACAUCACAUCGUACUACAUUCUUCUUUGGAGCUUGCGCGACUUGCGCGCAAAAUCACGUUUAAAAUUGGCGAAAUCAAAAUUUUAUUGAUUUUCAGACUUCAGUAAGCUCGGCUAAAAAUUCAGAUUCGGUAUUCGGGUCGCUGUGAAAAUUCGUGAUGUGUUUCCGGCGAUAUUCAUUUCAAAUGAGAACAAAACCAGCACAAAAAAAUGCUAGCAAUUUUUCGUUAGAUUCCAUCAUUCUAUUGCAGAUGAUUUUCUAAAAGACCGAAAAAAAAUUCAACACGGCGUCUUCAAAAAUGGAAGCUACAUUCGAUAGAUCAAAAAUGGAAAACGAAAAACCCAGAUACUUUCCCGGGAAUACGCGAAAACCGUUGAUUUGCUGUUUAUGCGAGGAUUACUACUCUAAUCCUUGCUUACUAUCGUGUUACCAUUCUUUCUGCUCGCGGUGUUUGGAGAACAGAUGGGAUAAUGGAGUCAUCCACUGUCCACUUUGUGGGACUCAAACCGAAUGCGAAGGGAAUGCACCUCCUACGGAUUUAUUACUCAAAAAAUUGGUCGAACUUUUCGAUAUGGAUAAUCCACCAUGUGCCAAUUGCGACAAACGAGAACGAUCGUCCAUGUUUUUUUGUUCCACUUGUAAUCAAGCUUUAUGCGGAAUUUGCAGAGAAAAUACACAUCGAGCCAAAAUGUUUUCGUCUCACGAAAUUUCACCAACGUCCAAAUUUUCUCAAGAAGGAUUGAAGAAAUGUCCAAUACACGGAGAGCCCUACGUUAUGUACUUAGUGUCGCAAAAAAUCAUGCUUUGCGUUAAUUGUUUUCGCGAUUUACCUGCAGAAAGCAGACAACAUUGUAUUGAUGUGGAUACAGCUUACACGCAAUCGGUCAUGAAACUGGAAUCUGUCAUUACAGCUGUUUGUGAAACACAAAAUUCCGUCCGAGAUGGUAUAAUCUUAUGCAGAUCGCAGUUGGAUGAAUUGCUUCAUAAUACGGAUGCAGAAAAAAUGACAGUUCAUUCGUUCACUCAAGGCUUGCAAGAUGCAAUAAAUAAAACUCAAUCUACCAUCCUUUUGGAAGUACAAAGACAGUACGAAAUGAAGGAAAGAUCAUUUCGUAAUCAGUUGGUCAGCCUGAGUACGGUUCUUCCAAUACUUCAACAACAUAUUUUACUUUGUCAGUCGUUCUCAUCAACUGCGAAUAAAUUUCAAUUUUUGGAAGUCGUAUUUUCAAUGAUUGAUCGUUUAAACACCGUCGCUAAUCUACCUCGAUUACUCAGGCCAACAUUAUCCAGUCAAAUAAAAACCAAUUAUCGAUCAGAGUUUGCCCACUGUUUGGAGCCCUGGGUAGGUCGAUUAUUAGCAUCUUCGGUUCAGCAAACGCACGAGUCAGUUUACGAAACAGCUUUACCAACCAAACUAUCGAAUUCUCAAAUAAUACAUCCGAUGACCGGUACUCCUUCGCAAAAACAACAAUCCGCGUUAAAAAUGAAAGCUCUCGAAGGCGAUGGACCAUUUUCAAAUCACUGCAGAAGUUUUAAUUCGCAAGUCAAGGAACUGGGAACAAUGAUGAAAAAUAUCAAAGAUCGAUUAGGAGACCUACGUAAAGAUGUGACUGUUCUGCAUCGUUCUGCAACCCCUCCUCUAGUUUUACGUCACCAAGUGAUCUCGCAGGAUUGUGCCAGAUUGAACGAUACCCUCGAACAAAUACAAGUUGAACUGGAACGUUUGAAAACCGUUUUUCAGUCUAUAUGGCAAGAGCAACUAUAUCGAAUUCAUGUUGAACAAGAUAUUUUCCAUCAACAAAUGACGGAUGUGGUCAGUCUACGUGGUGAAGUGAAGCAACUUUCAGUAGCUGCUAAAAAUUUAGAACCGUAUGUUAGCCAGCUUACAUCCUGCGGCGAUAGCGAAGAAAUAGCCAAACUUAAAUCUUUACUCAGUGAAAUUUCACAGCUAAAGGAUCCUCAACGCUUACGAUACGAAAAGGAAGCCAAGUUUUCGAAAGGAUUAUCUCGUAAACACUGCCAAAGUACAGUUUCUCUCAGCGCUGAAACAAAAUCAUUGGCCGGAGAGGAACCUAAACGAGACAGUUGUCUUCGUGGCGAACGAGCUCAUUCUAUAUCAGAACACAAAAGCAAUCGAGGAGUUUUUUCUCAACUAAUAGAUAAAGUUCGAAGCAAGGAAAAAACUGCAGCUGCUGAGAGUUUCAAAGAAAGAAGUAAAUCUGAAGACAGACUGAAAGAGUGUACGAAUCAGUCUUGUCAAAAAGUUUACGCUGCUUGUAGCGAAGGUAGUGUAAGAGUGAAACCAAAGAGAAUAUCAAGUUUGUAUAACAAUUACGCGACUUAUAAAUCGUGCGGAUCAGCUAAAGAAGUAUUUCCUCGUAAUCAGAAAAGUGAAGAAAACGAAAGAAACGAACAAUUCUCGCCAAAUUUUUUACCCUCCGGUGAACCGAACAAAGAUCCGGAAAAAUACGCCGAAUUUCGCUGGAAAGAAACGACCAUAUUUAAAGGUCCACCAGGCGCUGAAAAAAAGGAAUCCGAUUACCAAAGCAUCAGCGAAGCAACAUCCAUCUUCCAUUCGAGAAAUAACCGAUGCUACAGCUCAGACGAGGAAGAUUUUUGUCCGGCCGAAAAACGAUUAAUGAAACCGACCAAAAAAUCAGCUCCUCCUUCACCUCCACCUCGAACUCGACGUCACAGACGGUAUCCUCACUCUGAUACAGAGGAAUCGGUUUUUUACCGAGAUACUACUACUAGAUCGUUACCAACCAGCGCUAAAAUGAAAGACAGGAAAGCAAUUUUUUUAGUCAUCGGUAGUAGCAAGAAUAAAAUGGAGAAACAAGUUCAGAAACAAAGAUCUUGGGAAACAUUUCCGCCGAAAAAGAAAAUCGAAGAAAUUUCAUCGUUGUAUUACAAUAAAAAUCCAGAUAAUUACAAAAGCCAGUUCGAUAUAGUAACUUUGGAAUCGGACACGGUCAAAAAGUCGGACAGUUUUGAAGGACACGAAGAAGCAGUUAGUUCGUUGGUGAGGGAAUUUCAGAAAAUUCGAAUGCUUCAGAAACAAAAACAAAAUUCACAAUCGUCUUGCGAUAAAGAAAAUAUGUAAAAUAUUCAUAUUCGCGGAUCAUCGAUCAAGAUAUAGGUAAAGUGUGUGGGUUAUUACUUACCUACUGAUAUAAAAUUAAUUUCGGUGGUUGAAGCAUUAAAUGUUUGACUUUGGAAAAAACUUUAUAAAAAGGUAGGUACCUACUUUACUUUGGAGAAUAAAUGUAGGCAAUCGUUAUUCGUACAGGCUUUUCGUUGUUUUCUUCCAUCCUUCGUAAGUGGUUGAUGCUUGAAUGAGGAAUUGCAAUAUGCUUUGAUGUUCUUGUAGUAGGUAAUGCAGAAUUUGAUGCAAUGACACCCCGAAAAUGUGUUCAUAUACUAUUAGUGGGUUAUAUAUAGAAUUAAGUUAGGAUACCUAGCUAGAGAUUUAUAAAUAUAUUACAUUAGGUACCUUAUAGUACAUACGUAUACGUUGUAAGCCUGCAAUCUUGUAUCAUUUUGAAAAAUUUGCUAUUUAUGUUUUGUUGUGCGUUGUUGAUUGAUGUAACCUUCAAUACUCAUUACUUCCUUCCUAUCAUUAUAUCUUCCCCAUUACGAAUCAAUAUUUACCUACUGUUGAAAUAAAGUUAAAUAAAUGUUGAAUUGAUGUGUGUUA